GUAUGAGUGUCAGUGUGUGCGUUAGUGUUUGUCUGGGUUUUUAAGAAUUAUCGUUGUUGCUAUCGCACCUCAUUUAAGUAUUUAAAUGUGCAUUUAUGUGUGAAUGGCGGCUGCAUAUUUACACAGAUACAAAUGCAAACAUCACGAUUCUCAUUUACGACCGAGAUUUCAUAGUAUAUGUAGUCGCUGUCGCAAACUUCGUUUUUGUGCAUUUCAACUGGAAUUCUUUAUUUUCGUAACACACAAGAAAGAAACAUACAUCAAACAUAAGAAAGCAAUAACAAAAAAUAAUAUUCUCGCUGUGUUUUUUUUUAUCUCUCUCUCUUGUUUAACGCGCGCGUAGCAAGAGUGAAUGUGUUGUGCGAGUGCAUGCUAUAUUCAUUGGAUUUGAUGCGACCAACCGAAUAAACAAACAAAAUAUUUGAAAGCACAAAGUGUGAGACGGACUGUUGAACCGAGUGCAGCGACAAAGAACUCUCAGUAAGCCAUCAACACACAAUGUGCCUGUUUAACAUGGCAACCUAAACUAAAUCAAUCGAAACACCAUUAAGUAACUUAUGAAAUGUUGUCAAAAUAGCAGUUAAAUGCUUGAGAUUGGCUCUGUAGCGUGCGUAUGAUUGCGGGUUUUCGUACGAUUUUUAGUUAAUCAGUUUUUUUUUAAUUUAAUUUAUGUUACACCGAAUACCAUUCAACGGUAUCAAACUAAUUCAACGUUUAUUAAAACAACACAUAAAUGCGAGUAUCACAUAUGUACAUGAAAUUUUAAAUAACAUUCAUUUAUCAAUUCAUAUUGAAAUCGGUGUAGUAACCAAACACGUUACCAAUUUGAGUGUUACACCGAAGAAACGUACGUAACCGUUUGAAUUGGAACGUAUUUAUUUGAGCAUAGAAAAAAUAAAAAAAUAAACAAGUGUGAAAAAUCAUGCCUAUCAAACGAAAGGAUCGCGAAAGCAGCAACGAUACAAAUUGUGUGAAAUCAUUUCGAAUGGAUCACAUACCAACAGAACAUGAGCUUUUCUUACAAGCCUUUGAAAAACCCACUCAGAUCUAUCGAUAUCUCAGGAGUCGAAAUAGGUUAUCGCCGAUAUUUUUACAUCGAAAUCUAACGUAUAUGAAAGAACGCAUGUCUCGAAAUCACAGACACAGACCAAGCUUUCAUGUUAACACACUAUUGGACACUAUAGUUAAACGCAAUACUUUGGAAGAUGAGAAAAAUGGGGCACCAAACAAUUACAUGACACUUCUAUUCUUGGGAUUUUACAAUAAACUUAUGGUAGAAGAGCAAUUCGUUGAAGUGGAAAUUGUUGUCUCGAAGAUAUCGCAAAUGAAACGCAAAGAUAGUUUUAAGUCGAAACAAGAUCGCCUUGGCUCUGCAAUUGUUAAAGUAAAUCCGGUUGAUAUGAUUGGAAAAGUGCCGGCAGUUAGUGUACCAACUGAAUUAUUCAAACCAGCUGGAACUGGUUUACUUAACAGUUCAUGCAUAUUGCAAUUGAACACAACCAUUUUACCACAUUUCAAUUCAUCUAAUGAACCAGUAAUUAAAACUGAUCAACCGGCAAGAUGUUUCACAACCGAAUUGGUGAUAUUUGACAAACACAGUCGAUGCACAUUGAGCGAUGGCGAAUAUGAGCUCACAUUAACCGAAUGUACGAAUACAGCUACACCAAAAAUUUACUCACCAAAAAAGCAUCCAACAUGGGAAGAGAUUCCCGAACAUUGUCUAGACGAAUUUAAUAAAGGCGAAAAUCCAUUGGACGAUUUCACAAAAAGUCCAACACUGAAAUUUCGACUAUCGUGGACCAAAGACAAAUAUGCCGAUGUAGUUGAUCGACCGUUACCGAUAACAAUUCGCAAAGAUGAUUUCAUAACGAAUUCAAGCAAGGAAAAUGGAAGUACAUUGAAUCGCCGCGAUUCAAUCGUUUCGAAUGAAUCGCAUUGUGCGUUGAAUGGAAAUGUUACAACAAAUGUAACUGCAACAAUAACAUCUGCGCAAGCAAACUCAAAUGUCAGCUCGAAUUCAGCAAGCAAACAAAUUUCGAAUAUGAAUUCAAAGGCACAAGCAGUAAUCAAUGGCAUAAAUCAAUCGAUGAUUGUUAAAUUGCACGACAUUGCCUCACGAAUCAUUUACCAUUUCAUCUACAAUAAUAAUUCAAGCCAACAAACCGAAACAUUUGACAAUUUUAAUUGUCCAUGGUGUUGUUUGCAUUGUCUAAGUCUGUAUUCGUUGUUAAAGCAUUUAAAAUUGUGUCAUGCACGUUUUAAUUUCACAUACGUACCAACACAGAAUGGCGUUCGGGUUGAUGUUUCAAUAAAUGAGCAAUUCGAUGGUUCGUAUAUUGGUUCACCGCACGAUUUAGUUGGCCCAGCUGGGUCAGCGUUUGCACGAGCCGGUCCUGUACGCCGAACCAUUGUAACACGCAUACUUGUAUGCCGACCACGUCGACAGAAGCCUUCGCUGACUGAAUUCCUUGAAAUUGACGAAAACGAAUUGAACAGUCAACGGCCAUACGUUACCGGUCACAAUCGUUUGUAUCAUCAUACAAUGACAUGUUUGCCAGUGCAUCCAAAAGGUUUGGACAUUGAUUCGGAAGGUGAAAAUGAUCCAGCCUGGUUACAACAUAAGACAAUGCAAAUGAUCGAUGAAUUCACCGAUGUUAAUGAAGGUGAAAAGGAACUGAUGAAAAUGUGGAAUUUACACAUUAUGCGAAAUGGUUAUGUUGGCGAUAUUCAAAUACCGUUGGCAUGUGAAAUGUUCCUUGAUAUGAAGGGCAAAGAAUUGCUUAAGAAAAAUUUGUACAAAAAUUUUGUAUUACAUUUGUGCAAUUUCUUUGAUUAUGGUCUCAUUUCACCCGAAACACUUUACAAAACAAUACAGAAAUUGCAACGAAUCUUAUCAACAUUCGGUGAUGGUCGUGAUAUUAUGGUCGAUGAACAUAAUAAACAAAUGAAUUACUGGCACACAGUUGGCAUGCAUAAACAAAGAGAUCCACAUUUGAUACAACCGAAAAAUACCGCAUCAAGUACAAACACAUACAGUUUUCGAAAUAGUUCGCACACCAAACAAAACGAUAGUGAAGAUGAUGACGACGACGACGAUGAAAUUGAUAAUACAACAUCACCGAAAAAACGAACUGGUCGGAACCAGUCUGAAGAAAAUAUGGGUGAUGAAGAAAAAACAACCGAUCUCACUCAUAAGGCCCGAAACCAAACGGAUUUGAAAAAUGCAACCAAAGAAACUGGAAAAUCGGAACGAACAUCAACCGGAAUGAAGCGCAAAGCAUUGAAUUCGCGAAGCGCUGGAAAUUCAAGCGAUUCACCGCCACGUCGAAGAAGCGCUAGCGCAGCCUUACAAGUGGCCAGUAGUAGAUUAUUUACUGCAAAACGGCGAAACUCGACCGCAGUUACACAAUCGUUAGCACCAUCAGCGAUUAAAAAAGGCAAACGUCUAUCUAUUUCGAUAACGAAACUAAACACUAAAAUUGAUAAGUAACGAAUUGAAUGUAUAAUUGGCCAUUUUUUGUUUUCUUUUUUUUUUGUUCUUUUAAUUUAAUUUAAUGGGUCAAAGCAAAAUAUUCAUUCGUCUCGAUCGGAUCUGGACAUCGUUUGUAAAAUAUUGAAUUCGAAUGAAAAAAGAAAACGAGCAUGAAACGAGUAAUUCAGUGGUAUACAUGGGCAGUUUGUAUAGAAAAUUAGGCAAAAAUUAUUUAGAUGUCAUAUGAAAAUUGGCUACCAUUUCGAUUGAUUGGGUCAAUAAAUUAAAUCGUAUUUAGUCUUUGGUCUAUUCUAAUCGAUACAUACAUAAUCACUGCCAUAUUUUAAAUUUUCUUACUGUAACGAGAGAAUUGAUUAAAUUUCUCUACUUUUUUUUUUGAAUCAUACGAUACUUGGAAUAUGAAUUGGAAAAUGAAUUUGAUACGAAUAGUAAUUUCAUAUUGAAAUUGGUAGCGAAAAUACAUAAAUCAAUUAAAUACAGGAAUUGGCUAAGCAUUUGCAUUACAUUUGAAAACAAUCUUACGAGAGAAAUAAUAGAACCUGAAAAUUUUUAUGAAACCCACAUAGAUGAUAUAAUCAUUAGUCAAGUGAAAAGAAAUCCUAUUUAAAAAUGAUUUUCAUUGAAAAUUUACCGCUUUUGUUUUUUCUAAACUUUUUUCACACUACACACCGCAAGUCGAAAUGUUACGAAUCGAUUUUUCUUUUUAAUUUUUUUCGAAGACUUAGUUUUAUUUAAGCAUCACACAUGGCUGAUUGAUGUCAAUGAAAAACAUCCAAUUUUGCACCAAAACAGAAGACUUGAACAAAAUUCAUACAAUAUAAAUGCGAACUAAUGCUUUUUGCAUAGAAUCGAUUUUGAUAAAUAUGAAUGUUAAUUGUUUUUUUUUAUCAUUUGAAUGUUGAGUAGGUUCUUAGAUGAGAUCCGUACAAAUUUACUGAUAGAGAUUUGUGUUCACAAUAAAUAAGACCAGAAAUACA